UGUAGUGUGUUAUGUGUUUGAGCGUUUUAUUUCUUGACGUUCGUGUAGUUUUUACUGUGAAUAAUGUGAUUGUGUACCUAGUUCGUUAUGGCAUUUAGAUACCGUGAAGAUUUAGUCGGCAAACGAUUUCUCUCUGUGAGUGGUGUUUCAAAGAUAAACGUGAAUAAAGUUUCUGAAUGGGGAUGGAAAGCUGGUGUUAUCAGAGCAGCUUCUCUUAAAGAUAACAAGAAUAAGGAACUGCAGGUGUUGGUGGAAUAUGAUGGUGUUGAUUGGCAACGCCGUGAAUGGGUGCCAGUGUAUUCGCGUAGAACGUUUCGUGUGUUUUUAGUUGAAAGAACAUUAGUUUGGGCACCUAGAAAGUUAGAAAAAGAAGAAGUCAAAUGGCCCGCUUUGACGUUCACGCCGCUGUCAGCUGACGUGACGCUGCAGGCGGACGCACAACCCGUCGAGUUCCUCCACGAUAGGCUACUGCAGUUUAUGGACUACGCCAGCCUUCAGCCUUACCAGGAGUGGGAUCCGUGUCUUGCGGGGUCAGAGGCAGGAGUAGACUCACCAACGCUAUCAGCACUGACUGCAGAGGCUGCGGAAUGGCGGACCAUCCAGGAUGGCCAGCGCAUCCUAACCACCACACCGUCUGUCCUUGGCGGAUGCCGUGCACAAGUAUAUAGAGUCGCUGGCGCUACUCAGUGGUACACGGCUGUCAUUGUUGGUGUCAAUGAGCAUACUGGUGAGCUAACAGUGACUGAUGACACGGUUUUAGAAGAACACAGCGAAGAUCCGUCGCUGGUUCAGAUGAGGCUACUUGGUGAUGGAGUUAUUGAAUCUAUAAUGCGCGGCGAAGUCGUGGGCGUUAUGCCGAGAAGAUCACGCUCCAAUCUACAAAGGGUUGAACGAGAAUCCACUAAGAGUCCUGCCACAACAAAUACUAGAAAGAAGACUGGUGUUAAAAACAACGGACAGAUCACUACUGUAGAGCCGCCGCCACAACCUGCAGGUUCAUCACCGGAACGGGAACCCAUUGAGAUUAAUAAAAAAGGUGUCGCAGAAAGUGUAAGUGCGAGUGGUGAUGUGGUGGCAGUUAGUGAGGAAAACAAGUGCGUAAAGGAGGAAACGAAGGCUGAGGUGUGCUCAAAGAGUGUUGUUGAAGUGCACAGUGCUGUGAGUGCGGGCGCGGAUGGUGUUGGCAGCGCCGUGGCCUCCGAGGAGGACGACUGUGUGAUAGUGUGCGCGCGCGAUGCGGACGAUCGGUCCGACUCGGGCGUGAGCGGCGUGCGUUCGGGCGGGUCAGCCAGCUCGGUGGAGGAGUGGCGCGGGAUGGCGCACGGCUACGGCGGCGGCCCGCCCCCGCCGUUGCUGCAUCUGCCGCCGCCGCCGCCGCCAACGCUCUACCCCAGCGAGCUCCUGUGGAAGCAGCGCUACCAGCCGCCCAUUCACCCGCAGCUGCAUCACGCCAUUGGCGACGAGUACAUCGCGGCUGCCACCUUCGACAGAGAGAGACAUGAAAGACUGCUACGUGACUUUCAAGAGCUCUCGAGGGAAAGAAGGGAACAGGAGCAACGGGAGAUGCUGGAAAAGCAGCAGAAGGAAAAAGAAAGAGAACGGAUGGAAAGAGAAAGGGAGCGGGAACGAGAAAAGCAAGAUAGGGAAGAAAAAGAAAGGAGAGAACAAGAAAAUGCUGCCUCAAAACUAGUAUCGAGGCAUUUCGAAGAAUCUUUUAGGCUAGCUAAUCAGAAGCGGGAACGGAGUAUAUCGUGGUCACUUCUGAAUAGUCUCGCACCAAAUCGGGGUGCGGCGGCGCCGGAGCACGAUCGGUUGCGGACGCCCGAUCGGACGUACUACGCGUCCGACCGUCUGCCGCAGCCUGACUACGCCACGCACGUGGCCCUGGCGCCGCACCCGCAGCACGCGCCACGCCACUCGCUCGUCAAGAAUGAUAAAGCGCCCCAGCUCCCCGUCCUCCCCAAGGGUGAACCGAACUUUGCACCCUACAAUUAUCCACCUUACCGAUACGAAAAACUCAAAGAGCAGCACCUUCCCGCUCCACCUCCCUUAGUGACCGAAAAAUCUGUGAUAGUUAAACACGACGCCAAACAAAUACAUUUGGAACAGAAGCAUCAAUAUCCCAGCAAGCCUAGAAGCGAGCCGUCCCAGCACUACCUUCCCUCGCGGCCAUACCGGACCGGCCUGUCGCCGCACGCGCCUCCCCACCCGCACCCGGCGCUGCAGACACCGACGCACGCAGCACUGCCGGCGCAGGACAAGAGCCGGCGGGUGUACCAAACCCCGCCGCAGAGGUCGCCUGCGGCCUACUACCAGACACCGCCGGUCAAACCGAAGGUGUCGAGUCCGGCGCCCCCACACAUCUACGGCAAGCCAAGCAGCAACUCGCCUGGCCCAACCCUGCAUUACACGAUGGCGGUCGAGCCGCCGGCGUCGAUGCAACUCACUAAGGCGGAUAGACCGCCCGUGCCCUACCCGCCGCCGUCCGCGUACUCCCCUGCGACGAGAACGCGGCCGCCGCCUGUGGCGCACUCACGGACCCCCGAGCCCCGGCCGCCGCCCAGAGCCCAUGGCGAUCUCGCGAACGCGUCAUCACCUUGCCAGACUCAACCCCUCGAUCUCGGCGUCGCACGAGAGGACCCCGAACGGCUAUCGCCUAGAAGACGAUGUGCCUUCGAACUCGACUCAACUGACGCCAAGCGACGGCGACUCGACAGUCCUGCGCCGGAACCGUUGAUCGCUACGGCCGCUAGCGUCGGUUCUAGGCUCUCAGCACUAGGCUCCGAGCCUGCCCCUCAAGCUCCUGGUCCACCCUGUGACGUGCGCGUCCCUUCGGCGGAUGGCAGCAUAGAAACGCCCGAAAAGGCUGCUGGUGCUUCCCCCGCCCCUUAUAUAACCCCCUCGGCGAGUCCCGCGCCCCCAACGCCCGUUCCUCCUGUUGCCUCGACGCCGCCCAUAUCGUGCACACCUCCGACCACGUCGUCGCCGCCUGCGCCACCCGUCACGCCGCCUGCGUUGAUGGUUGCCGAUUCCGAAACUCCGGCGAAGAUCUCCUCACCUAGCCCACGCGAUGGUUCGGCGCCAACGGUUCGACAUUUAGGCAAAAAGGCGUGGCUCCAGAGGCAUGAAACUGCGCCGAUCGGCGAGGGAGACUGUUCGGGAGGCGGCGGAACCUGCAUCACCCUGCCGAUGACGAUCACGCGAGUGUCGGAGCCGGACGAUUCCAGUUCCAACAUUGUAGUGCCCGUCGCGGCGAAAUCCAUCCAGCGCGGAGCGCGGAAAACGUCCAAACCGAGAAAACCAAAGGAAGUCAACGGUCGCGUCGACGACGCAGAGGAGGACAGUUCGAGUUCGGAGCGGGAGACAACGUCGCCGCCUAAGCGGAAACCGCCGAAGGCUAAACGGAAAAAAGGGACUGUAAAAAAAGUAGGUGAUGAGCCAAAAAAGAAGAAAGCAUCCGAAAGUGGUAGUGAAAGUGAUAAAGAAAGUGACGAUAAAGACUCUGACUCUGGUGGCAGUGGUAGUGGUAGUGGUAGCACGUCAAGCAAGCGCGGUGGCGGGCGAGCGCGCGGGCGCCGCGCUCGUGGCGGUGGUCGCGGUGGCGGCGGCCGGCGGCGCGAGGAUCCGCCCCGCCGGGCUCCGUCGGCAGCAAGCGCCAAGCCCACAGCCGAGUCGUUCCUACAGAACGGGCCGUGCUUCGAGGUGGCUCCGCGCUUGGCCAAGUGCCGCGAGUGCCGCUGGUCGCCUGCGCAGCGCGACAAGGACAUGCCGAAUAUAUUUUGCCGAUUUUACGCUUUCCGAAGACUGAAGUAUGCCAAGAAUAGGCAAUUAGCUAUAGCCGGAUUUUCGGAUCCUUACAAGGACGCUGAAGAGGAUGAUAAGAAAUUAUGGCUGUCAUCGUCGGCAGGCGCGGCCGAGUUAGACAUAGAAAUGAGCUGUUUCCUAUUGCGCGAGAUCGGAGACCAGUUCUGUGAAUUAUUACAACAAGAGAAAGAAGCGGAGUCCCACCAUCUGAACGAAGACAAAACCGUAGCGUGGAAACGAGUAGUGCAAGGCGUACGGGAAAUGUGCGACGUGUGCGAAACGACGCUGUUCAACUUCCACUGGACGUGUGGAAAGUGCGGUUUUGUCGUGUGCCUCGAUUGUUAUAAGUCAAGGACGUCCGGUGAAUCUGGCAACACUCCCAGCGAAACGAGUAAUUCCACCAGCGCCACUCCCAACGGCGAAAGAGAUUCCUUUGGUUGGUUAACGUGUACCACGGGCGGCGCACACCCCGCGCGGCGGUUGUUGCUCACGCAGAUAGCGGCGGGAGGUGCGCUAGCGGCGGCGGCGGCGCGUGCGCAUCGCGUGCGAGCCGCCUUUGCGCUUCCGCCCUGCGCUUGCGGGCAGUCUUGUGAACCGGCCGCUCCAGUCCGCGCUGCCGCUAGACUACUAUUGCAGAGAGCGCUGCAAAAGAAUAUCAAAAAGGAAGAAGUCAAAGAAGAAUCCGCACCAACAAACGGUUCUUCUCCAGUGAAAUCGGAGAAUGGCAAGACUGGUUCCUCGAUAGUGAGCUGGCUUUCCGACAUGCCGAUGAAGACGGAAACGAAAGAGGAGAAAUCCGAUUCCAGUUCGUCAGACUCCGAGGAAGGCGGCAACUUCUCAACUCUCCGGGAAUUGUUAAUACGACCAGCGCCUGAAGGUGGUGACACCCAGCCAAAGAAAAAACAGAAGAAAAACAAAAGUGAUAUUUUAGAUGAGGUGAUCUCAAGCAUCAUCGAAGAGAAAAAAGACGAUGACGGAGAAGUGAAGCCCUUCGCGCUAUCAAACGUGGUGAAGCGAUACGAGAGGAGCGGGAGGGGAAGGGAAGAACUGCCUGUUCGGAUUAUGACGCUGACAGAGUCCAAAAUAUUAUAUCCGGACGUGCCGCACUCGUGGCUCUGCGAUGGCAAGCUGCUACAUUUAACGGACCCCAUGAAUCCCGGAAAUUAUAAACCUUUCCAGGAUCAAUGGAAGCGUGGCCAACCGGUGAUCGUGUCUGAUGUAUCGAGCCUACUGGAUAAAGAUCUCUGGUCACCGGAGAGUUUCUCGCGCGAUUUCGGCGACACGCGGGUCGACAUCGUGAACUGCGCGUCCGGCCUGGUGGUGCCCAACCAGCCGGCGCGCAAGUUCUGGGACGGCUUCGAGCUGGCCGCCAAGCGCUUGCGUGACGAGCGCGGCGCGCCCAUGGUGCUCAAGCUGAAGGACUGGCCGCCGGGCGAGGACUUCGCCGAGCUGCUGCCCGCGCGCUUCGACGACCUCAUGCGCGCACUGCCGCUGGCCGAGUACACGGCGCGCUCCGGCAAGCUCAACCUGGCCGCGCGCCUGCCCGAGUGCUUCGUGCGCCCCGACCUGGGGCCCAAGAUGUACACGGCGUACGGCGGCGCGGGCGGCACCACCAACCUGCACCUCGACGUGAGCGACGCCGUCAACGUGAUGGUGCACGCCAGCGCGCCCGCCGACGCGCCCGAGCGCGCUCGCGAGGCGGCGCGUGCGGCCGAGGAGGCGGGCGUGGACGUGCUGUCGAGGCGGCGCGCGCGCGUCAAGCCGCCGGCCGCGCUGUGGCACAUCUACGCGGCGCGCGACGCCGACAAGAUCCGCGACCUGCUCGUGCGCGCGGAGCUGGAGAGCGGGGCGCGGCCGCGCGCGCAGCACGACCCCGUGCACGACCAGACGUGGUACCUGGACGCGGCGCUGCGCGAGCGCCUGUACCGCGAGUAUGGCGUGGAGGGCUACGCGAUCCUGCAGUGCCCGGGCGACGCCGUGUUCGUGCCGGCGGGCGCGCCGCACCAGGUGCGCAACCUACUGGACUGCGUCAAGGUGGCGGAGGACUUCGUGUCGCCCGAGAACGUGUCGCGCUGCUUCGAGCUGGCGCAGCAGUUCCGGCGGCUGUCGCGCCAGCACGCCAACAAGGAGGACAAGCUGCAGAUCAAGAACAUCGUGUACCACGCGGUGAAGGACUCGCUGUGCUGCCUCGAGGAGGCGCUGGCCGUGCAGUGAGCUCGGCGGCGCCUCGCAUUUGAUCUCAAUUCGAACGUAACAUUAUCGCUAAGUUCCGCAUUUAGGUGAGAGUGGAGCGCGAGCGAGUGCUUGCGCGCUGUGCGUCGUCUGAGUGGCGUGUGAAUGUGCCGGAACUGGGCGCGAUUCGGUCCGACGGUCGCGGUCGGAGCAUGUGCAAUGUAUAAAUUAGUCUGAUUACGGUGAUAUCGUCGAGAUGUGGAUGUUUUAUGUUCCUUAAUCGAAAUACAAAUAAACUCUUCAGGUUAUCCUAACGGCUUAAUUGUAGUUAUAGUGAUAUGUAUGUAAUGUGUAAAUUUUUAAUUCGUAUUCCAUCGAGUAUAUAGUAAGAAGUCUAUACUUUUAAGUUAUUGUAUUGAAGUAAAACGUAUUCGCUCGAAGCAUUGUACAUUAAAACACGGCGUGUAGAUAAGUUUAUCCUACAUUAGAUUUCUCAAUUUUGUUUGUAUGUUACGAAAUGAAUAGUUAACGAGAUGUGACAAUUUUCUUUUGUCCUUAUUGCUGAACUAGGCGAAACAAGUUUUUUUUGUACUGUGUAUAUUAUGUAUGGUUAUAAGUUGGAAUAAAAAAGAUGUUUAUAUUA